AUGUCCUUGGGCCGAGCCAUAUAUGCCAGAGUUCUGAGACUGGUCCACACCGUGGUCGGCUUGUUCCGCCGUGUUUUGCGUUGUGAUCGGAACAACGGGCCGAAAAUGGAUUUCGAUGAUGAUAACUUCGACGGUAUGAUUUUUUUUUGUGUGACAUUACGGUUUCAUUGAAAAAUUCAUGUUUUUUAUAAUAAUACUUUUAAGACUGUCUCCGUAAGAUUUGAAAGUGCAGAUUUCCAAAAACAAAAAAAAACCUUGAUUGAAAAAAACUCACAUCUCUCGAUUUUUCCUGCUUGCGAUAGCCUCAUUUUAUGGCUCGUUUAAAACAGCUUGCUGAGAUGUUUUGAAACGUCUCGCUAAAAAUGAAUGUUUUGCGGGAUCCAGCUUUAGUACCAUGCAAUAAAAUUGAAUGCUUGUUUUUUUCUGUUUCUCGAACGCAACUUUAAAUUUUCUUGGUUGAACAUUUAUCGCUAAAAUCUAUAGGCUUCCCCUUUUAUGUAAUGGAUGGCUUUACAGUUUCAGAAAAUCGUUAAACAAAUUUCAGGAUUUCUCUUGUUUUUUUGAUUUAUUUUUAACAGAAUUAAAAAGCCACUCCAUUAGCGAAAAACUCUCUUUUUCAUUAAAUAUAUUUACUGUUUCAGUUGUGGUCCAGGAUUCCCGAGUACCCAACACGGAAGAACGAGCUUCUCUCAUCGAAAACGCUCAUCACGACUCUUGGGAUGAUAAUGAAUGGGACAAGCGAGAAGAGAUACAAGAUAAAAUUGAGCAAUGGAGAUCGACCCAGGUUGAUGUUACCUUUUCAAACAUUUAUUGUUACGAAAAAACUUUUAGGUCAAGAAGGAGGCUCCUAAAGUUGAGGAAGAUUUGUUCAGUACGCUGGAACCGACUAUCACCCAUGCUAGAAAGGUAAAUGAGAUUAUUCUUUCAUUCGAACUAAAUUUUUUUUUUCCAAAAUGCAUGUUAUCUUUUUCGAAACUGUAAAAUAAGGUAAUGAAGUAAGUAUAGAAAAUUUUUUAUCGAAAACAGCGAGAAUUUUGGAAUUUCUGAAAAAGGGUGUUGAAAAUCGGGCUAGAGUAAAAGCUCUAAGUUCCAAUAUCCAAUACUUUUGCAGAAUCCCCAUUUUCAGAUCUUUAAAACCUGACUUUCCUGUUUCAUAUUUCUGGGAAAUCUCAAUGCCUUAACUAAUUUUUUUUAUAAUCUUUCCAGAGCUUCACUUUCCGGUUUCAACCGUCUUAUUUGCAGGUUGUUGUCAAGCCUCGCGUUCCUCAGCACAACGCCCCCAAGAGGAACCUUUUCGAGUUCAAUGAAGCUAGUAUGGUGAGAUUUAUUAUCGGGGAAACAUAUAUGCAAAUAAGGGUGAAUAGAUAG